AUGUCCAAUGGCGCAGUGGGUACUGUAACCGCCUCCUGCGUCAGAAGAGCUCCGGAAAGACAUGGAAAGAGCCGUGAUACCUCAGUGUCGGGCGCUCUGCGGGUGCUCGGGGCGAGCAACCCGAGUUCAAAUCCCGGUGCCGGCUCCAAAGAAAUUGUUAAUUGCUUAAUAUUAAAUAUUUCUAAAAUAAGUGAAGUUCGCCAAUUCGCAGAGGGGUCACCCUGUAAACAGACCCAGGGCCCUUUGGAAUACCCAGAAUCCGUUCUGAACUUCACCGAACGCAGUACCAAGCACGGAUACAUCAGUGACGAGCACACUGUGUUGACGGAAGACGGUUACAUCCUCACGGUGUUCCACAUGCGGAGUAGAGAGAACUGCUCAAGGCAGCCAGGGCGGCCCUUAAUCCUGAUGCAUGGACUAUUGAUGAGCUCGGAUACUUGGUUGGACGCGGGCCCUGGCGCGAGCCUAGCUUACCUCCUAGCCGACGCAUGCUUCGAUCUAUGGCUCGGCAACAUCCGCGGCAAUUGCUACGGCAGGAGGCACGCCACGCUCGACCCGGACGCCGAUCACGAGUUCUGGGACUUCUCGGUGGAUGAAAUGGGAGCGUACGAUGUACCCGCCAUUGUGGAUCACGUGCUGAAUCAGACGGGAUCAGACAGAGUGGACUAUAUAGGAUACUCGCAAGGUGGUGGCGAGAUGCUGAUCAUGUGCUCGGAGAGGCCGAGCCUGUGCAACAGAGUGCGGACCUUCAUCGCUGUCGCACCGGCGACCCGGUUGACCCACAGCAAAUCCUGGACACUGAGAGUAUUGUUCAAUGUGCUACGACUUACGGGCGACUUCCUCGGUUGGUUUAGAUUCAAGGAACUAUUUCCGAAAGGCGGCGUGGGUCAGAUUUUAUUGUCCCACCUCUGCCAAUACGACGUGCUACUGGAAAUGAUCUGCAGAGGGAGUCUCAGCAUGGUAGACUCUGAGCACGAGGGCUCCAUAAAAGCGGAGACUCUGAAAGUCGUACACGCAAAUUUCCCAAGUGGAACUUCAGUUCGCACUUUCGUUCGAUACGGGCAAGCGUUGCGCAGUGAGGGCUACCGGAAAAUGGAUUACGGUGAAGAAAGGAAUCUCAAACUGUACGGCGUAGCCACUCCUCCGUACCACAACAUCAGUGCUGUCACCAUUCCCACGGUGAUUGUAUACGGGAGGAACGACUAUAUAAUUGACCGUAAAGACGUGGAAUGGCUGGCGAACAGCUUGCCAAACGUGCUGCAGAUUGUGGAAGUUUGUGAUCCUAUGUGGAACCAUUUCGACUUUAUGUACAGUCAGCACACAAAAGCGAUGGUGUUCCCAACAGUUUUAAAAUAUUUAACGAGGGCCAGCGAUAGU